AUGUCAUCGGGAUCAUCAGCUGGUCAAUCAUUUUCGUCGAAAAAGAUUGUAAUUGGUGUUUGUACAAUGAGAAGGAAAGCAACAAGCAAACCUAUGCAAGAAAUAAUGACAAAAAUACUUGAGUAUUAUGAAAACUGGCUAGAAUUCGUAGUAUUUGAUGAAGAAGUUAUACUGAAAGAGCCAGUUGAAAGAUGGCCUUUGUGUGAUUGUCUUAUAAGCUUCCAUGCAACUGAUUUCCCUUUACAUAAAGCCAUUGAAUACGAACGUCUAAGACGUCCGUAUGUUAUCAAUGAUUUGCACAGACAAUAUGAUCUGUUGGAUCGGCGUAAAGUUUUCAAAGCAUUAGCCAGCGCAGGCAUUGAGCAUCCUCGUCAUGGUGUUUUGUUGCGUGAUAAUGACGGAAAAGUCGAAGGCACUUUAAAGGAAUUUAGUGAUCAUAUCGAAGUAAACGGAAUGAUAUUCAACAAACCUUUCGUGGAGAAACCAUUAUCUGCCGAGGAUCAUAAUGUAUACAUUUACUAUCCCAGUUCUGUUGGUGGCGGUUCACAGCGUUUAUUCAGAAAAAUAAAUAAUCGAAGCAGUUGGUAUUCUCCGGUGAGUACAGUGAGACGAGAAGGAUCUUAUAUUUAUGAAGAUUUCAUUCCUGCAGAUGGUACUGAUGUUAAGGUUUAUGCUGUAGGCUCAUAUUAUGCCCACGCAGAAGCUAGGAAAGCACCAGGUUUAGAUGGAAAAGUUGAGCGAGAUUCACAUGGGAAAGAAGUCCGCUAUCCAGUUAUUCUGAGCAGCAAAGAGAAACUAAUCGCUAGAAAAGUGGUUAUGACAUUUGGACAAACUGUUUGUGGAUUCGAUUUGUUGCGUGCUAAUGGCAAGUCUUAUGUUUGUGAUGUCAAUGGAUUCUCGUUUGUAAAGACUUCAACAAAGUACUAUGAAGAUACGGCUAAAAUUUUGGGCAAUACUAUUUUGAGGCGAUUAGCGUCUUCUAUGAGUAUUCCAUGGCAAGUUCCAUUUCAAGAUGAUGAUCCCCCUUUGGUUUCAACUCCGAGUGGUAAAAUAAUGGAAUUGCGGUGUGUCAUUGCCAUAAUCAGGCAUGGAGAUCGAACUCCAAAACAAAAAAUGAAAAUUGUUGUGACAGAUCAACGGUUUUUCGAUUUGUUCAAAAAGUAUAAUGGAUUCAGCGAAAACGAAAUAAAAAUGAAGCGACCAAAUCAGCUUAUGGAAGUAUUGGAACUUGCUAGAGAAAUUCUUCAUGAACAAAUGAUUCGUCGCCGUGAAUUAUUACAAAAACUGGAGACUCAUGAAGAUGGGGACAAAUAUUCUUUAAACAUUGAUAGGUGUUUAGAACAAUCUGAAGAAGCAAUUAAAAAAUGGGAGCAAGUGCGGACAGUUCUCGAAAUGUAUGGUCAUUUCUCUGGUAUCAAUAGAAAAGUGCAGCUAAAAUAUUUAAAAUCGCGAGAAAUAAAAAGCUCAGAAGGUGAGGAAACGCAUCAACAACCUGCGCUUUUGCUCAUUUUAAAAUGGGGUGGAGAACUAACUACUGCAGGAAAUUUACAAGCAGAAGCGCUUGGGAAACUGUUCAGAACUUUGUAUCCAGGAAUCAAAAGAACUGAUGGCAAAAGUUGUCCCGAAGAUACGCAAGGUUUGGGAUUCCUUCGUCUUCAUAGCACCUACAGACACGACUUGAAAAUUUAUGCAUCUGAUGAAGGACGUGUUCAGAUGACUGCGGCUGCUUUUGCCAAAGGUCUCUUGGCUCUUGAGGGUGAACUGACACCUAUUUUAAUGCAAAUGGUUAAAUCAGCAAAUACGGACGGACUCUUGGAUGAUGAUGUUAAUGCACGAGAUUUUCAGCAUGAGCUAAAAAGUUAUCUUCAUUCAGCUCUACAAGUAAAUCGUGAUUGGACUAGUGAAGAUUAUGAAAAUUUGAAUCCAUCGGGUAUUCGUGCUAUAACUAAUGCAAUGGAAUUUAUCAAGAAUCCUCGCAAAAUGUGUGAAGAAAUUGCUGGUUAUGUGCAGCGUAUGGUUGAAAUAAUUCAGUGGCAUAAGUGUAACAAAUCAAAUCGUUCCCUUUACUUAAAUGAAUCUUGGGAUUUGGCUGAACGACGCUGGGCUAAAGAAUUACAUGAGUUUCGCCGGGUUAACAAAAGUGGGGACGUAGAAUUCGAUAUUUCUAAAAUUCCUGAUAUCUAUGACAACAUCAAGUAUGACAUGGAGCAUAAUCCAGAAUUGUGCAUCAAUAACGAAGGUGAAUUCGAAAGAAUGUAUUUAUGCGCAAAAAAUAUGGCUGAUAUCGUCGUUCCACAGGAAUAUGGCAUAAGUGAAAGUAGCAAAGUAAUAAUAGGACAGCAUGUCUGUACUCCAUUGCUGAAAAAAAUUAGGAGUGACCUCUACCAUUGUGUGGAAAAUCCAACUGAAGAUGACACACAAACUCGUCUUGAUCCCCGAGCUUCUCAAGGAAUAGCUACACCUUUCCGACAUGUUCGCACUCGACUUUAUUUUACGAGCGAAUCGCAUAUACACACAUUAAUGAAUUUAAUAAAAUAUGGCGGCCUUUGCAGUGUAGAUGACAAAAAAUGGCAACGAGCAGUCCACUUUUUGUCGUCAGUCACUGAAUACAAUUAUAUGACGCAAGUGGUUUUUAUGGUUUAUGAAGAUAGUCGAGCAACAAGUACUAAGAAAGGCACCGACCGUUUCCAUAUCGAACUUUUGUUUUCACCUGGCCUUUAUCCUUGCUUUUUAACAGAAAAGGAACGUAUCUAUGAGACUCGUUUCCCAAACUCUAACAAUAAGCAAUUAGGAGGGCAAUCAAAUUCGAAAUCGAAGCUUCCAAAUCGGACUUGUGCUAUUUCGACUGCUUCACUCUCAUCAAGUACAAAUGAUUUGGCAUCAUUUUCCGGAAUGCUUGCUAGUAGUGGUGGAGAUAGAAGUUGCUCUAGAAAUAGUUCAUGUAGCAGCAUUAACAAUCUUACUGUUGGUAAAACUUCUACUCAGGCUCUAGUUCUUACAAAAAAAUGUCUGGAUUUGAAUGACUCAGAAGAUGAUUUAAAUGAUGAAAGCGUCAAUUUGGUUGCGCUGGAUGAAGUUGCGUCUGGUCAAUACACAACCGAUGAGUUAGCUCGACACAGUCCUGGAAGUUUACGUCGUGAUCGGGGGCACAUUGUAGCAAAUAGUGAAGUAGUCGAAAAUUCUGGAAGUUGUUCAUCAAUAAGUGACUUAGACACUGAUGUACCUUUGCAUAGUACUUCAGGGACAGAAAGUCAGUUGCAUGUUUUGCUGAAAUCUAUCAAUGAUUUGCCCUUCAAGAAACUAAGUACGGAAUUGAAUUCUACUGUUACCGAAUCGAAAGAUUCCGUUGUUGCUGAUGAAACUCAUGAUUCCAGAAAUGAACUUAAUUGUCCUUUCUCAAGUUCUCGUCGAUCUCGCUUUCCUUAUUGUUUCAAGCAUCAUACAGUCAGUUUUUUAACAGAAUUGGACAAUCGUUUAAUCAGCACAGAUGUGCUUUUUGGUAAAUCAGGUGAUACAGCUAGACAAAGAUUAUCUAAUACAGGUCCAGCAGUUUUGUCAACUGCUGUUAUUGCGCGGUCAUCUAGUGCCCCUCGUUUGCAAACAUACAAAGCAGAGGAUGAAAUUUCUGUCGGCGAAAUUAGGCGAUUUUGGCCACCACUUCGUUCGUUAGAAACACUUCACGACAACAUAUUUUUUAGUCAGUUGGAUCGUUUUCUUGAACGGUUGAUGAAAAUUCGUACACCAUUACCAUCUCCACCUAAAACACCCAUUUCUUCUAAUCGAAAAACGUCGGUGGUUGCAGCCGAGCUCUCUGAUACGGCAAAAAAAUUAGAACGAAUUGGCCACUAA